AUGGAGAUAAACUUUCGGCCAAACCUAAAUGUCGCAAUCCGAAUCGCCUUAUCCAUGUCUCUCCUAGAAGCCCUCCCCAUGACCGGCGAAUCUCUCACCUGUUCCGCCCUCGCCUCCAAAACCUCUUCAGAUGCAGAAUUCGUCCUCCGCAUCGCUCGUGUCCUAGGAGCUUUCGACAUCCUGACCGAAGGAACUAACUCAGAAGGGGAAGUGACAUACUCCCACACCAUGUUCUCUCGCUUCUUGACCGGUCCGCCCGCAAAAGCUAGUGCGAAGCAUCUUUUUGAUAAUAUGUUGCAAGCACAAGCCAAUUCGGCGGGAGGAUAUUAUCAGAAGUUCGGAUUUCAUUCUCCAACUGAUCCGAAGAAUUGUGGGUUUUCGUUCGCGCAUGGGAAGGAAGAUAUGGGGUUAUUUGAGAUUUUGGGAGCGCAGCCAGAAAGGAUGAAGUUGUUCAAUGAUGCGAUGAUGGUAACGGCGUCCUUUGGGCUGAAGGAGUUGAGUACUUGCUAUCCGUGGGGCGAAUUAAAGGGUAAUAAGGAUGGCGUAGUGUUGGUCGAUGUUGGUGGCGGGAAAGGUCAUGUUGUGAAAGAGUUGAGAGGAGCCGUGGAGGGCUUCAAGGGGCAAGGGAAGUUGGUAUUGCAAGAUAUGGGAGUUGUGCUUGAGGGCGGUGUAGUGGAUUUGGAUCCGGAGGUGAAGUUGAUGGCGUAUGAUUUCUUUAAGGAGGUACAGCCUGUGAAAGGAGCGAACUACUUCUUCAAAGCUAUUUUCCACGACUGGCCCGAUUCCUCCUGUCCACAAAUCCUCAAGAAUCUCGCUCCUGCUAUGAAACCCACACCCUCAAACCCGAGCCCAAAACUUUUAAUUACAGAUCUCGUUCUCGCAGAUCACUCGCCGCCAGCCGGUCUCGUGCUCCGAGAUAUAAACAUGCUUGUAAUUGGCGGCAAAGAGCGAUCGCGAUCUCAAUGGGAGUCUUUGAUGAACGAAGCCGGCUUCAAGAUCAUCGGCGUACAUAGUCAGGAGGGAAUGCCGAUUGGGAGUGUUGUUGAAUGUGUCCUGGCUUGA